AUGGCAGACAAGGGGCUGAAGGUAAUCACGAUCAAAGACCAGAGCGCGGUGGUGCUGGAGGAUGGGACGGUGUACAAGGUGCAACACAAAAGGCAGCGGCGAGUGCUGAACUGCAUGCCGUGCCACAAGCGGAAGGUGAAGUGCAACCGGGCGCGCCCGGUGUGCGACCACUGCGAGAAGAACCGGUACGCGUGCGCGUACUUCGUGAACGAUCGGGUGUCGCGCGGGGGGCAGAACAAGGUGCCGCGGGAGAGCAAGCUGCGGUUGAUGCGAGUGAUCGAGCAGGCGCGGCGGGCGGUGGAGCAGGGCGCGGCGGACGAGGCGGGCGGCGGCGCGGCGGCGGGCGCGGGCGGCGCGGCAGAGGUCGUGGGCGGCGCGGCAGAGGGUGCGGCGCUGGAGCAGGCGCUGGAGCAGGCGCUGGAGCAGGCGCUGGAGCAGGCGCUGGAGCAGGCGCUGGAGCGGGAGCGGCACGCGGAGCUGCUGGAGUACUACCGGGUGGCGGUGGCGCCGGUGCUGCCGCUGGUGGACAUGGAGGGGUACACGCGGGACGCGGAGGCGUUCUGGGCGACGUGGGACGGCGAGCUGGACAGCGAGCGGCUGGACUUCCUGCUGCUGCACAUGCCGCUGAUGUACGUGUCGCUGAAGGCGCAGUACCACGAGACGAAUGGCGCGCAGCUGGUCGAGGAGGUGUGCAUGUACCACGGCCUGAUACGACAGCUGUAUGCGCUGUACGACUUUCCGAACAAGUUCACGAUGCGGUCGCUGACCGGCAACGUGCUGCUGAACUCCGCGGUCGAGAACCCCAACAUUUCGUCGGUGGCCCAACUGGCUCGGCUGGCGCAGCGGCUGCAGCUGACCGCGGACCCGGAGUACGUCCCUGGCAGUCGCGAAAUGGCAGACGUCCAGUUCCGCCGCAUCAUCUUCUGGCAGAUUUUCCAGCUGGACACGUUGACGUCACUUCAGAACAGACUUCCUCCGCUGCUCAGAUACAACGAGUGCGAGACCUCGCUGCCCUCAGAGUUUGACGAGGGCGGCAAGCUGAACCCGAAUCUCUGUUUUCUGAACGCCAAGUACCAGUUUGUGAUCCUGGUGAACGACGUCUGCCGGAUGGACGCCGCUCUCAGCCGGAGUGUGCUAAGUGAUAAAGAUCUUCUAGAAUUUAGGGAGCGGGUCGCCCAGUUACAUGCGCUUUGCGCGAACAAGGCAUCGCUGCUAACGGAUUACUCGCGCCGCUGCGCGAUCCAGGCACCUGUAGCUAGCUUUACAUGCUGGGCUAUAUUCAUGCUGAACACCUUCGCCGAUAGGGCUGUGCUGCUUCACCAGGAUAUGCUCCUCCGGACCAUGGCCAAAUGGAAAAAACAGAAGGAUCUCGAGUCUCAGCUGGAACAGGUGCCGUCAAGCAAGUUCAGUGACGAGUUCCGAAUUUUCCAUUCUAUUAUCACAGAUGGAGGCACGAGUAUUGCCGCGUACAUGAAGAAUAUCUCCACAAGCAACGCCUGCAACACCAUGAGUAUGUUGUUCCCGGCGACACUUCACUGUCUGCAAGAAUUUGUCAACUACUACAAGGGGAAGCACAUUUCCUCAUUCAACUGGCUGCUCUUGAUUGGCACUCUGCCUAUGGCUGCCGUUACUUUUGCACUGAGGACUCUUAUGGUAGACUUAAUACAUGCGCGCGAUUCCAGUGGCACCAUUUCUUUGAAGACGGAUCUACGAUUUAAGCUUCUUUACCAAGUUGUCACAAUGAUCGAGUCCAGACUUCAGACCAGUGCCGCAGUUUACAAGUCUUCCUUGACCCUGGCGAGAUUGUUCCUCAGACUAGUGCUGCUAAAGUUCGGUACUCCGGAUGACAUGGAACGGAUUCAGCUCAAUCCAAGCGUUACUAAUAAUAUUAGUUCGCAGCUUCCCAGCCCGCUACCGUUCUCACAACAAACUGCCUGGCCUGCAAAUGUAUUGAAGCUGACACAAAACCAUUCUAUGCCGCAUACCACAGCUCUUACUGUUGAACAACCACUAUAUGGCUUCUCACAUAAUCCACGUGCUACACAAGGCCAGCAGGAGCAUUUCAGAUCGCUACAGCGGCAUGGAACAUCGGAACUUUCUGUCUGUAAUACCGACCCACAGCGCGCACUACAAGGUAUGCCCUGUACACCGCUACCCACCGUGCAACACACGCCUCCAAUUAGCGGAUACUCUCUAGACAACAAUUCCGACCAAAGAAGUAUUUGGCAUGACUUCCCCACCCCGCUAAGCGCUGACGAUGCCCUUUCUCAGGCUGAGUCUAUGGAUCAUGCUACAGAGCUCUCGCACAUCCGAUCUGAAGUAGAGCGCUACGUCAGGCUAAUCAGUGCCUCAGGGAAAGCUAGAGAUGGGGAGAGUGUCUCACUCGAUGGUACAUAUUUUCAGGAAUUCGAAUGCACCCUCCUAGAGGUCAUCCAGACUACGCUUUCAAUGUAG